CCUUCCUCUGUCAUCUACUCCACGUCUCGUAUUCACUCUAUCCUCGCCACACUCCGAGCGCUUUCACACUCUCGACGCCAUGCCAGGUCCUGUUGUUGAAGAAAUUGAGGUUGAGAAGGCGCUUAAGGAUGAGCCAGUGGUGGAGGACGUGAAGGAGGAUGAGGAGCAUGAUGAUGAUGCUGAAAUAUCUGACGAUGAAGACGAGGAUAAGGAUGAUGGUAGCCCAGGUUCGAAUGAAGGUUCUAAGCAAAGCAGAAGUGAGAAGAAGAGCCGUAAGGCGAUGCUGAAACUUGGGAUGAAACCUGUUACAGGUGUUAGCCGGGUCACAAUCAAGCGAACCAAAAAUAUCUUGUUUUUCAUCUCGAAACCAGAUGUCUUCAAGAGCCCUAAUUCCGAGACCUACGUCAUCUUUGGAGAGGCAAAGAUCGAAGACUUGAGCUCUCAGCUGCAGACUCAGGCUGCUCAACAAUUCAAGAUGCCCGACAUGUCCUCCAUGAUCUCUAAGUCGGAUAUUGCUUCUGGAACCACAUGUCCAACGAUCGAAGAGGAAGAAGAAGAGGUUGAUGAGACUGGUGUUGAGCCCCGCGACAUUGAGUUAGUGAUGACCCAAGCAGGCGUUUCCAGGCCCAAGGCUGUCAAGGCUCUCAAGACUCACAACGGUGACAUUGUCAGCGCCAUCAUGGAGCUGACAACCUGAGCGGAUUUCUCGUCUCCCGCCAACUAUAAAUCGUUUGAAGCAUUUUUGUAAGGUUUCGUUUUAUUUUCUUCGAUUAGACAUCAUCGGGCAAUGAAACCGAGCUUUAUGUUCUAGAAAAUCAUGGUUUUUUUUUUUUUUUUAUUUUUUAUUUUUUAUUUCGACAAGAUGACAGACUGUUUUUCAUUGCAUAAUGAAAGCACGGUGAAUCUAUUUAACGA